AUGUCGUAUAGAUUACAUAUUUUCCAAUGUCUACUAACUUUUAUUAUUUCUAUACAUCAUGUUUAUUCCUUAAUUGAUUAUAUCGAAGCCAAAUAUCCUCUAAAAGGUAAACCAUCAGCACCCAAUGCUCCGUGGCCACAACCUCAAUAUUUAAAUGCGAGUUCUGAUUAUGUUUAUAUUGAUCCGAAUUUCUUUGUGAUCCAUUCAAAUCUAAAAGAUUGUGAUGUUAUCGAUAAUGCUCUUCAACGCUAUAAAUCAAUAUUUUUUCCACCAAAAAUAUCAAUUCAAAAUCCAGAUAGACUUGACGAAAGUCGAAUACUUCUAUCAGUUUUUAUUCUUAUACAAUCAAAACAAUGUCACACCUAUCCACAACUUCGUGAUGAUCAAUCUUAUAAUCUUACGAUUGAAAGUUCUUAUGGAAUUAUCUAUGCUGAAAAUGUUUGGGGUGCAUUGAAUGGUAUCGAAACAUUUUCACAAUUACUUUUCAUAACUGGUGAUAAUUAUUUGGCAACUAAUGCUUCAGUAUAUAUCCAGGAUUGGCCACGCUUUCCAUAUCGUGGUAUUCUAUUGGAUACAGCUCGUCAUUUUCUACCGGUUCCAAUAAUAAAACAACAUCUAGAUGCUAUGGCUUCUAAUAAAUUUAAUGUUCUUCAUUGGCAUAUUACUGAUGAUCAGUCGUGGCCAUUUGUCUCUGAAACGUUCCCACAAUUAACUGAAAAAGGUGCAUUUUCAUCUGCUCAUGUUUAUACUGCGGAAAAUGUUCAAGAUAUUAUUGAACAUGCACGUCUUCGUGGCAUUCGUACCAUACCUGAAUUCGAUACACCAGGACAUGUUGCUGCACUUGGACGUGCGUUUCCUGAAUUUUUAACUGAUUGUUACAAUGGUUCAAUACCAUGUCAAGCUAUCUACGGUGUCCAUGCUGAACGAGAAAUUUUGGAUCCAACAAAAGCCGAAGUGUAUAAUUUUAUGAAUGAAUUUCUGAAAGAAGUGAAAGGCGUUUUUAAAUAUGAACCUUAUAUCCAUCUUGGUAUGGAUGAAGUAUAUCCUGCUUGUUGGCUAUCAAAUCCUAGUAUAGAAAAUUUCUUAAACGAAAAUAACAUGUCCAAUGGAACAGAUUUAAUGAGUUAUUAUUCAAGUCGUAUUUUGAAAUUAAUGCAAUCGAUUGGUGGAAAAUCAAUGGUGUGGCAAGAUGUAUGGGAUGAUGGCGUCAAAUUACCAUCAGAUACUGUUAUCGAAAUAUGGAAAGAUACUUCAUUAUUAUCGGAUAGUCCAUCUUGGUCGUAUUAUUUAUCUAAAGCAACAAGUGAAGGAUAUGAUGCUGUUCUUGCUGCUCCAUUUUAUUUAAAUAUGAUUGAGUAUGGUAAAUAUAAUACACCAGAAUCGGUAAUGAAUUUAGAAUUUUUUAAAUGGUACAAUAUUGAUUUAUUUGCUAAUUUUACUGGUGAUGAUGAAGCUCGACAACGUUUAAUUGGUGGUGAAGCUGCGCUUUGGGCAGAAUUUGUUGAUGGUACAAAUAGUUUAUCUCGUCUUUGGCCUCGAGCAUCGGCUAUUGCUGAACGACUAUGGAGUUCAAUCGAUGUCAACAAUCCAGAAGAUGCUCAGUUCCGACUUGAUGUUCAUCGAUGUCGAAUGCUCAGACGUGGUAUUCCAGCUGCGCCACUACUCAAUGGUUAUUGUGGACUGUAUGAAGUAGGAAUGAAACAAUCAAUGGUUAAUGAGCCUAUUUUUAAUUAUAUACAUUGA